AUGUCUCUCUCCAACAAACUUGCCAUAACCGACCUCGAUCUGAAAGGCAAGCGUGUUUUGAUUCGUGUCGACUUUAAUGUGCCGCUCUCGGAUGAAAAAAUCACCAACCCAGCUCGUAUCGUAGCUGCUUUGCCUACGAUCAAGUACGCUCUUGACAAUGGUGCCAACGCUGUCAUUCUCAUGUCGCAUCUCGGUCGUCCCGACGGCAAAGUCAUCGAGAAAUAUUCCCUCAAACCCGUCGCUACCGAACUGGGAAAACAACUCGGCAAAUCCGUCACUUUCCUCAACGACUGUGUAGGACCUGAAGUCGAAAAAGCCGUCAACUCAGCUUCCAAGGGGGCUGUGAUUCUCCUUGAAAACCUUCGUUUUCACAUUGAAGAGGAAGGCUCGGUCAAGAAUAAGGAUGGUACAAAGACCAAAGCUGAUCCCGCCAAGGUUCGCGAAUUCAGAGAAGGGUUAACAAAGCUGGGUGAUGUGUAUGUGAAUGAUGCGUUCGGUACUGCCCAUCGUGCCCAUUCGAGUAUGGUUGGAGUCAAGUUACCGCAGAGGGCGGCCGGAUUCCUUGUCAAGAAGGAACUCGAGUUUUUUGCGAAGGCUUUGGAGAGCCCCGAUCGACCUUUCCUCGCUAUUCUGGGUGGUGCUAAGGUGUCAGAUAAGAUUCAGUUGAUUGAAAACAUGUUGGACAAGGUCAACUCAUUGAUUAUUUGUGGAGGAAUGGCGUUUACAUUCAAGAAAACACUGGAGAACGUUUCCAUCGGCAACUCUCUGUUCGACGAGCCGGGAUCUGAAAAGGUCGCAGGACUAGUGGAAAAAGCGAAAAAGAACAACGUCAAGAUGGUGUUCCCGGUGGAUUACGUCACCGCCGACAAGUUUGAUAAAAACGCAAAAACCGGUACGGCAACGGACUCUGAAGGAAUUCCCGAAGGUUGGAUGGGUCUGGAUGCAGGACAUAAGAGUCGCGAGUUGUACAAACAGACCGUUCUCGAAGCCAAAACAAUUCUAUGGAACGGUCCUCCCGGAGUCUUCGAAUUCCCUGCAUUUGCUGCAGGAUCAAAGGCACUUUUGGAUGCCAAUGUUGAAGCUGCACAAAAGGGCGCGGUGGUGAUUGUUGGAGGUGGGGACACUGCAACAUUGGUUGCAGAGCACCAUGCGGAAGGUAAGCUUAGCCACGUUAGUACCGGUGGUGGUGCUAGUUUGGAACUCCUUGAAGGAAAGGUUCUCCCUGGCGUUGCCGAGUUGAGUGAGAAGAACAAAUUAUAA